AUGAAUUUCGAUUAUAAUGAACUUGUAGAGCUAAACAAAGAUUAUAUCAGAAUUUCAAACAAUUUAUAUCGGUUGAAUUAUCGCAACGAAGAAGAAAUAAACCAGUUUUACAGUGAAAUUAAAAAGUAUCUUAUUGAUACGAAAAUACAAACCCCAUCUAAAGUUAUCGAAAUGAUAUUGACUACCAUACGAUUCAAUCUCCUUUAUUUUAAGAGCUACCAGAUUUUGAUUAAAAAGAUUAUCGAAGAAUUUCAUCCAAAAACAGUCAACAGUAUCUAUAAAAAGUUUGGAAUAGAUUUUCAAGAAGAAAAUAAAACAAAUUAUGAUACCACAAAGUUACCAAGUAAUAUUCAUGAAGAAAAUUCAUUUUACAGAGCAAUUAUGGAUGAUAACAAAGAAUUAUUUAUAAUAUUUAUAGAACAAGAAGGCUUUGAUAAAGAUCAAAAAGUAUACGGUUUUUAUCCAUAUUAUGGGAUUUCAUUACUUGAAAUGUGCUGUUAUUAUGGCUCAGUUGGUUGUUUUAAGCUAUUAAGAACAAAAUUCAACUCAGAUAUUACCAGAAUAUGUCUUCAUUUAUCAUUUUUGGGAGGAAAUCCAGAUAUUAUGAGUGAGUGUUUGAAAUAUGAAAAACCAGAUUAUCAAUGCAUGAAAUAUGCAAUUAUUUCUCAUAACAUUGAUUUUAUUACUUUCUUGAUCAAUGAACACAAUCUGGAAAUUACAAAUUUGCAAUGGACUUUGGAUUACCAUAAUCUCCAAGCGUUAUUUGUUGAUUUAGAUCGAACAAAAUAUAUCAAUACAUGUUUUGCUUAUGCAUCGUGCUUCAAUAUUCCUUCCCUUUGCGAAUACUUUCUUGCUCAUGGAUUGGAUGUAAAUGUAGAAGAUUAUCACCGUAGGAGAACUGCUCUUCAUUAUGCAGCAUGGUUUGGUUGUAAAGAAGCAGCAGAAUUUCUUAUUUUACAUGGUGCAUGGUUAAAUUCAAAAGAUACAGAUCAGAAAACAGCGCUUCAUUAUGCAGCCGAAAAUAAUAUGGAUGAAAUUGUUGAAUUGCUAAUUUCAUAUGGUGCUGAUGUUAAUGCACAAGACUAUAAUAGAAGGACACCCCUUUCUUGGGCUGCAAUGAAUAAUAAUAAAGAGGCAGCAAAAGUUCUUACUUCACACGGGGGUUGUAUUUAUGGACAUGUAACUGAUUUCCAAAGAUAUUAA